AUGUUACCCGGAAGCGUAGAAAUAACCGCUGUUUUAAACCUUGAAAAUGAACACGACACACCAAAGGUUCAAGAGGAAUUAAACAAGUUAAACAAGACCGGUAAAAUGGGGAAGAUAACUUUGACUGCGCUUUACUGGGGUGUGGAAGAUAAAUCUUGCAGUCCUCCAGAAGUCAAAAUAACUAAUUUACCAGAGAGAAGAGCGAGAGAAUCUGCUGUUUCCAUCUCGCGUUCCAAAGAUUUUAUUAUCCAGGCUUAUGUCGGAAAGGCGGAGUGUAACUCUUCACAAGCACUACAAUUUGCGUGGUAUCUAUUUAAAUUUGAGGUAAGAGCUUCAGGAAAGGUCCAGAUACAGGAGACAGUUCUCUUGGAUUCAAGAAUUACAGAGUGGACCUUGCAGAAACGGAUGCUUGAUUAUGGGCAGUACUACGUGGAUGUUAGAGCAACUUACUCAAACCAACCUUCUGUGAUUAGCAGUGCUUUAGGAUUUUUUACAAUUAGUAAGUCUCAACUUAUAGCCGACAUUGCAGGAGGGAACAAAGUCACAAGAGGAAAGGGAAAUCCCAUUUCAUUGGACGGAUCAGCCUCUAGAGAUCCAGACGUAGAGCCUGGUAACCAUGCAUCGAUGCAUUUCACGUGGCUGUGCAAGAAACGUCAAGAGCACUUUCCCAAUGGUUCGUUGCACUCGCUACCAGUGAUUAACAACUCUCUGGGUCCUGGUAGUGGUGGAUGUUUUGGAACCGGUGUUGGAAAACUAAGCUCCAAUGGUUCAAUAGUGAAAUUGGACACGAGUCAGAUGACUGUUGGUGAGAUGUAUGACGUCAAGCUCAUCGUUACAAAGGAUAACAGAAUAGACGACUUCAUUCAAGAAAUUAAGAUUGUCAGCGGUAAUCCACCACAAGUGACUAUCCGAUGCCUAAUUAACUGUGAGAAGAUGGCAAGCGCCUCUACAAGAAUCAGCAUUGUAACUACGUGCGAGGGAUUAGCGUGUCAGACAGCAACCUACAGCUGGCAGCUUGUCAUUGUGAAUUCCAUUGGACAUGAGCUCCCAGGAAAUAUCCUGACCCGUAACAUGACAGAGACGGAUAUGGAUCUUCCUGGUAUUAUCAUCAAAGCAAAUCAACUGCCUCCACUCAUUAACAGUGAGUGGAUUUAUCGAUUGAAAGUCUGGGUCUCGCAAGAGCACGGACCCGCUGGAAAUGCAGCUUAUCAGUUCAGAGUGAACGCUCCGCCAAUUCCCGGAAAUUGCACUGUGACUCCGAAGAGUGGACAGGCAUUGAAGACGGCAUUUUCAAUUUUAUGCACUGGUUGGCAGGAUCCACAUCAACCUCUGACGUAUCAGUUUCAUUACAAAACGGACCAUGGCUUGUAUACCGUCGUGCAAUACGGGUCUACUGAUCACGUGUCAACAGUGCUUCCCUCAGGAAAGAGAAAUGGUGGAUUUAUCAUUGAUUUUGAAAUUUUGAUAACAGACAGUCUGUCGGCUUCCAGCAACUAUGUUCUCCACCUAAAGGUCGAGCCGCCGCCUGCUAAUGACAGUCUCAGUGGACUUGCAGUUGGAAACAAUAGCCAGUUUAACAUUUUGGUCAAGUCAGGGAAUGUUGUAGGUGCUACACAACUAGCAAAUGCUGUGUUAGGAACAGUCGAGGAAUCAAAUUCUACGUCCACCGAAGACAAGAUAGAGAUCAAAGACUCCAUUGUGCGAAGUGUGUCAAAUAUUCAAGUGAAUAAUUUACAAUCCUUGACUCAAGUGACGUCUGUGAUCGCACGAGCCACACUGGAACCGAGUGAGGUGACAUUUGAUACACAGGAUCUUGCUCUUCAAACUUUAAGAUCUAUGACGUCAUUGUUACGAAGCAAGACCAAAGAAGAUUACGGUUCAGAGUCUGUCCUAGUUGAACAAGGCGGGGAGAACCUGGUACUGAGUCUGGGUAACAUUCUCAACUCUGCUUCUCAGAAGGCAAGUGUGAUCGAAAGAACAGCGGAGACAUCGGAAAUACGGUCCAAGAGCGAAAAUGUCUCGAAAGACACAGCGAAGCUUAUCGAUGAUGUAAGCGUUGCUCUCCUAUCAAAAAUGUUAGUGGACCAGGAACCCAACCGCGUGCAAACACAGUCCUUGAGCAUGGUGCUCAACAGACUUAGUCCUAGAUCACUGGGAACAGCGACAAAUUUUACAGACGAUCCUUAUGCAGGAGAGUUCAAAUUCUCCAUUAACGCCAUAACCGACGAGAGAGCGAGAGAUGCUGAGUACAUAGACAGUGUGAUGACUCUGAGUACAUUCAAUCCUUUUACGUGGGACGACAGUGCAUCCCGUGUUGAUUCUAACGUCCUCAGCUUGACCAUCAAAAACCACGAGGGUCAGACUUUAUCAGUGAAAGAUAGUGACGAAUAUAUCGAGAUGAAGAUUCCACGUGAGGGCAAUUUUCAGCCCGAAGGAAGUGGCUUGUAUUUUACUAAACCCAGUAGUGAAGGAAAGAUGCAGUACCAUGUAGUGAGCUUGCAGCAUGCGGACGGUGGCGCUGUAAGAUUUAGAAUAAAACCAAGUGAAGGCAAAGUCAUCUUUAAAGUAUUCGUGCGAUAUGGCCAGCGACCAACUGUCACAGAGCAUGAUGUAUCGAGGCAAAUUCCGCAUCCUUCGUGCUUGAAGUCCUCCCAAGAUUCUUACAGCCAUUGCAGAAAUGAUGCGUACGACGUCCUAUUGUUACCUGACAAGGUGAACAAACCAGGAAAAUACUAUAUUGGCAUACUGUACGAAAAUGAUGAAGGAGAACUUCAGAGUCGACGUAAGAAACGGUCAUGUUCCGGAGGGGGCCGCCAAAAGAGAUCAUGUGUGGAGGUUAAGGAAGCACCAAGACCUGAGAACAUCACUGUAAAGCCAGUUUACGACCCAAAGACAGACGUGAAUUAUUCAUUGAGUCUGCUGAAAGAAAACUGUCUGUUUUGGGACAGUAAAGAAGAACGUUGGUUAUCAAGAGGUUGCAAAGUAGGCCCAGGGUCAGAGGUGUCAUCCUUACAUUGUUUGUGUAAUCAUCUGACGUCAUUUGGUGGAGGUGUCCUAAUGAUGCCGAACAAGCUAGAUUUUGAUGUAGUCUUCUAUGAACUCACGCGCCUCCAUGAGACUGGAAAUGUUGCCGUCCUUGUCACAAUAAUUGCAGUACUGCUAUUGUACUUUUUAGUGGUAGUAUUUGCAAGGAAAUAUGAUAGAAAAGAUAGGGCCAAGAGUGGUCCUGUUUUCCAUCUACCUUCUUCUCACGACGCAAAUGAAUUUAAUUACCAAUUGACAUUGGCCACGGGAGUAUGGAAGAAUUCUGGGACUGAUGCUCGUAUCGUUAUCACCAUUCAUGGAAACGAGGCGCAAAGUGAACCUCUAAUGUUGCACAAGAACACGAUAGACUCAAGGACGUUGCUGGCGCGUGGAAACGAGGAUACAUUCAGGAUUCACCUGCCGAUGUCACUGGGUGAAAUUGAAUACAUUCACAUAUGGCACGAUAAUUCUGGAAAAGAUCCUUCAUGGUUUCUUAGCCAUGCGAUUGUCAUGGAUCUCCAGACGGGUAGAAAAUUGACAUUUUUUUGCAACGAUUGGUUUGCGGUUGAGAAAGGGGACGGUAAAAUAAACAGAAUUCUAACCCCUGUAGGUUCGCAGGAGAUGCAGAAGUUUAGUUAUUCUUUGAGAUCGCAAGGCUCCAGAGGUUUUUCCGAUGGACACGUUUGGCUUUCGGUUGUUACUAAGCCACCGAGGAGUCAAUUCUCACGUGUCCAAAGGGCAACAUGCUGCCUUUGUAUAUUGUUUUCUGCGAUGUUAGCAAAUGCCCUAUUCUACCGGACGGACAAAGAGCCAGAUCCUACCUUACAAAUUGGUCCGUUAAAAUUCAGCUGGAGACAAAUAAUGGUGGGAAUUGAAAGCGCCCUGAUAAUAACUCCAGUAAACUUGAUGAUUAUGACAUUUUUCAAGAGGAGUGGCGAGAAAACUCCGAAUAAAGUCGACGUAAAAAAACCGAAAAGCAGUCCUGCUCCCUUUUGUGGCAAGUCGUCAACUACCAGUUCAGGGGAUAUUCACGACGUUGAUGUCACGCUAAAUGAAAAGAGGUCAUAUUUUAAUAAAAAACCCCAAAGUCAGGCUGAUGCCAAGAAGAAAUUUAUGCUCCCUCACUUCUUUAUCCACGUUGCUUGGUUUUUGGUCCUUGUUACUGUUUCUGUGUGUGCCGUCUUUACGUUCCUCUUUAGUUUGCAGUGGGGAAAGGAUAUUUCGAACCAGUGGCUUUCCUCGAUGUUUGUAUCUUUCGCCCAAGACCUAUUUGUCCUCCAGCCUAUGAAGAUAUUGAUUAUUAUGGUGUUAACUGCUUCUUUGUUUCGCAAUAAUAAUGAAACUGAAACUGUCAGCCACAAUAGUGAAGGGAAACUGCAAUCAGAAAUAAAAUCUGUCAGCGAAAAUCAGAGUGUUGAAGUAGAGAUGCCAAAAGAGGGUGACCUUAUACUUGCAAGAGAGUACAGGACAAAGGAGGCAAAGAUGUUUUCCUUUUUGAGAGAGCUUCUGGGAUAUCUUCUGUUUCUCUUUUUGUUUAUAAUUGUGUGUUACGGAAGCAGAAGUUAUCAUGGAUAUCUCAUGACUAUGGAUCUAAAAGAUACCCUUCUAGACUUUUCUUUGGCUCACGAUCCACGGUAUUUCUGGGAAUGGCUUGAUAAUCAGUUUGUGGACGAUGUCUACGGCAGCAACUGGUACAACAACAACAAAAUCAAAAAGCAAGAGUACAUUGGCAACAAGAUUUCUCUUCUCUUAGGAAUGCCUCGCUUGCGACAACUAAGGAUACAGAAAGAUUCUUGCAUUGUUCCAAGGAUAGUGCGAGGCAUCAUAAACAGGGGCUGCUACGACCUCUAUGAUUUCGAUGAAGAGGAUAAAACUCCUGCAAACCUUCCAGGCUGGAGGCCCUUCAGUGGUUCUGUAGAAUGGGCAAAUUUUUCCGAGCUAUGCCCACUGCCAUGGCAAUAUGUGCCAAACGAGGAACUCCGCAGCUCACCGAGCUGGGGUUACUUCAAUUUCUAUGACGGAGGUGGCUAUGUUGCAGAUCUAGGCUACAAUAGCAGUACAGCUCAGGCAGUCAUCUCCGACUUGAUAGAAUACGGUUGGAUCGACCGGCAGACCCGCGUCGUCCUACUUGAGUUCACUAUCUAUAACCCUAACACGGGCUACCUUAUCAUUUCAGCGUACCAUUUUGAAAUAUUGCCGACAGGGUAUGGCUAUCCUUUUCCAAAGAUAGACACUCUUCUGCUGACAAGUACUGAAACAGGCUUUUACGAGUUUUACCUGAUUUGUCAGUUCUUAUUUAUCAUGAUGGCAUUCGUAUUUUUCAUUAUCGAGAUGUACAAGCUAUAUCGAGCCACGUGGACCUAUUUAAGAGAUGUGUGGAACUGGGUGGAAAUUCUACGAAUAUUUUUGUCGGUACUGGUCGUGGUAUUCUACAUAAUAAAGUCCAAGCUGAUACUUAAACUCGCUGCUAUUGUGAAGGAAAACCCAUUCGCCACCGUAAGUUUUGGAGAAGCUGUUACCUGGAGCCAUGCAGAAACCACUGCUUUAGCCAUUGCAGCUUUCUUCACAACCUUGAAACUUCUACACGUAAUUCGCUUUAAUCAGCAGGUCUCCAUAAUGAUGUCCUCUUUUCGCGUUUCUAAGAGUUUAUUGUUGUCCUAUUCUGUGAUUUUUAUCAUUAUUUUCGUCUCAUACGCUCAGAUGGGGAAGCUGGCGUUCGGCAACCACAUUCAUGGUUACUCAUCAGUCUACAAUGCAUUGUUUUCAGAAGUCAUCGUGUGCCUUGGCGGCCAAAUGAGAUUUCAUGAGUUAACAGGAGUUCAUCGCUUUUUGGGUCCUUUAUACGGUAUUUCCUUUCUUGCCCUGAUGUCUUUCAUUUUUAUGAACUUUUUCGUGGCAAUUUUGAACAAUUCUUUCGAAGACGUCAAAAGCAAAACUGAUAAACAAUCCAAAGAAUUUGAGAUGACUGAUUUUAUACUCGAGAGAGUGUGUGAGAUGUUAAGAAUUAACCAGCGAGGGAAAGAUGCGGGUCAUAAUGACUUAGUGAGAGAGGAUGACAUAGCUUCAACCAAUUCCCUGGACAACUUCGAUUUCCCUCUUAAACAAACGUCCGAGGACGGCGGCUCAAAAUCUAACGAAAACUCGGCAAAUCAGACACCCAUUACAAAAUCCCCAUCACAGCAUUCGGCAACCAAGUUGGAGUUGGGGGAAUCGAUUAAUCCAAAAUCUUUAAAAAGAACGCCCGAAACACCCGAAAAAGUUUCUUCAACUGAGCUCGAUUUGGAUUCUUCAUUAGUACAGUUGUUUGAAAGGAUCGGUGUGUUGGCCGGUGAUCUCGCAAGGGAAGAUGAACGACUAGAUGUAAAAUUGCUCUAUGUGAUCAGCCAAUUGUCUCUUAGAAAUAAUCGUGAAAUUUCAUGUGAAGGAACUUCAUCAACACUAUAUCGGAUCGAAGAGUCUUCCCCUGCAACAACCACUUUACAAGACAACAUUGAAUGUAACAGGAGCAGUGAGUCAAAAAAUUCUUCAGAAGAUGAAAUUAUGAACUUUAUUAGACGCAGAUCAACUCGCGAGCUACCAAUCCACUUAAAAGCUGGAAGUUUUUACCAUCAGCCUCAAAAUAAUCGAACUGGUGCUAAAUGAGAAAAAUAAGUAUAUCAAUUCUUCUGUAAACUUGUGUUUUUCCUGGAUAUACUUUUAGCUUAUGACCACCUCAAUAUGAGCCCCAUUAACAAAGUCCUUAAACAUAUGAGCGAAAGGUUCUCCGAAUUAAACCACCAAUUUCUCAACAUUGUUACUAUGAGCACAAGUGUUGGGAUUGGUACAGUGCCUAUUUUGUAAACCAGUUUUGCUUGAACUAAAUUUCCAUUUUUCGUUUCAGAGAGCGAAGAAUGAUUUCGAUUGAAUGUAAUUAUGCUAGUCACGAUCAGCACUUACGAUUGAAGUAAUCAAAGAUGCUCAAAUCAAAGACUCAGAAGGGGAAUUCCUUGCUUGUCUUCUGUAAUGUAACAGGUCAUUGUAAUAUUCCUUAGCUGCAAAUCAGAGUUGAACAUCUAACUCAGUUGCUGCCAAGAAACGGAGGAUUUUGUCUGUUAUUUAGACCAUUCAUAUAUAUUUUUUCUAUCCUUAUGGGAAUAUGUUAAUGAUGGUGAAAAUCCGCUCUUGCAUUCGAGUCUCCACCUAAAAAUCCCUUUCACCAAACUUGUUUUUACCCACUGUUCACGCGUCUACAGAAGCAGAGGUACAGGGUCGUAUCUAAAUGCAGAAAGUACAUUUUUAACUGAUCAUCACGUCAUCAUCAUUAUCAUCAUCACUAUUAACAUCGUUAUCAUGAAUACUAUCAUCUUGAUCAUCGUCAUCGACAGUGACUAUAUAGAAAGAUUAUACAGGAUUUAUCGACGUACUCAUAAAUUAAUUCUCAAAAAACUAUAUUUCAAGAUGUAUCAGCCACCCAUAAUUGGAGAAAUCUCAUUGUUUUGAAAGAAACUUGCUUUGUGUAUCCUUAUGACGAUUUAACACUUUUUUCGUAAAGACUGACUUUCUUUAAGUAGUUGUUCAAGACGAGAAAAGAGAACAAGUUUAUCUACAGUAACAGCGUUAGCAGAUGCAUUCAAUGUAUGACAAUUAAAAAAGAUUUUGCAUGAA